AAAAAAAAAAUUCGUGAGCAGGUCCAGGCCAGCGCCAGGCACCAGGGGCAAGAAAGAAAGAGACUUUGGUUCAUCCCACCCACAGUGCAAGGUUCAAUGCAAGGACAAUUGCAUUGCCAUCCAUGGCCUGGCAGUUCUUUCCAGCCUUAUCCAGUUUUCCAGCUGAUCAUCAACACAAGAAAGACCUCACUCACAGCCUUCCGUUCCAUGGGCCACACUCCACUCGGCAACAACCGCUUUGGGCAAAGAUUGUUGUCGAUUCUCGGGGCCGACGUCGACCAUCAUCUUCAAUUGAACCACGGACCACUACCACUACGUACGUGCGAGUUGGUAGUGAGUGGCAGACUUACACAGUCUUCCGCUUACUCGACAAGAUGAACUACAACAAUCUGGCCCAUCCCUCCCCCAGGAAAUUCACAUCCGCUGGCAAUACUGGAUCUGAACUGGGAAACCCCAGUAAGCCAGCUCAUGUAAAAGUGGAUAUCAAAAAGAGGGAAAGUUCGCCACCUCCUAUAAUCCCCAGUAUGCCUGCCUCGUUCAACUGCACUGUAGAGUUCUCCGUGGCUUCAGAACCCAUGCAUUUAGCCUGCGCACCAGACCAAACCCCCUUCCCUACUGGAACUAAAAGCGUGACGGGGAAUUCUCCGUCUCUCAAAUGCAUACUUUCGGAGAUACGGAUGGAUAGUCGAAAAGUCAAUGCCCUCCAACCUUUUUCGCUGGUAGCACUAAACAUCCUUGGGUCUCGCACGAAACGCUUAUUAUCGCUGAUCAACUGUCAACAGGUGGCUAUCCUCUCUGCACAGACUUGGAUCGUACUGUACCAAACUCUCUGUGAAAGUCAGUCGGCACCAGCAUUCGGCGCGAUUGGCCCUUUGGCGUGUUUUUGAGUCAAUUUGGGAUACGAUGGAAGGAUCUCAUCGCGGAUGUCGGCACUGCAAAAUAACUUACCUUUUGAUAGUAGAC